GGAGGGGGGUGUCACGGGCGGCGCCUCCCACACAACAGCGGCACAGCCUGCGGCGUCUCUCCGCUCUGCUCCUCCUCCUUCUAGCGGGCUGCUCCAUUAUAGGGACACCCGGCGCCGGUAUCCCGGAGUUCCCUUGCCGCCCUGAGCCAGAGCGGGGGAUGCGUGCUGGCUGCAGCGUCGCUGAGUGACGAGCAGAGGCUGCGGGCUGUGCUGUAGCGGUGCCCGGAGAGCUGCGGGGCUGGCGGCCGGCUCUCUGCUUGUCAUUUCAGUCAGGUCUGUGUCUCCCGUCCUCGCCGCCGGUCCUCCCCCUCUUCAUCCCCAGCAGCAGCCCUCCUCCUCCUCCCCUCCUCCUCAUCCCUCCCCCAUCACCUCCCCAGCAGCUCCUGCAGCCCUCAGUCUGCGUGUGAGGGAGAGAGCGGCCGUCCGUCGGGGGAGCCGGGGGACACCAUGCUGUGAGCGGGCACCUCCUCUCUCUCUCUCUCCCCCGCUGCUACACUCCCGGGACCGGACCCCACCUGCAUCGCCUCCCCUUCCUCCAGUGAAUUCUGGAUGCAAUUACGUGAAAUUGAAGUUUUACCAUGGAACAGUAUUCAAGACACAUCUGUGGAAGUCCCCUUACGAGUUUUUUUGUGAAAUGAACUUGGUAUAGAGUUCUCGGAGAAGGGUUGUUUUUUCAACUUUGAAGAAAACAUUUGCUCCCAACUGGAUUUCCCUGCUGUCUGUACUCACUUGGCUACCCCAAGGGAUCUUCUGUGGCAACAAUGGCAAACAAUUCGGUUGCGUACAGUGGUGUAAAAAACUCUAUUAAUGAAACAAAUCAUGGUGGAGAUUUUGGGAUCACAGUUGAAGAGCUCCGGACCCUUAUGGAAUUGAGAUCAACGGAUGCAGUACAAAAAAUACAGGAUUGCUAUGGCGAUGUCUUUGGCAUAUGUAGUAGAUUGAAGACUUCACCACACAAUGGUUUAAGUGGACAUCCCCCAGAUCUUGAAAGGAGGCAAGAAGUAUUUGGAAAGAAUAUUAUACCUCCUAAAAAGCCAAAAACAUUUCUUCAGUUAGUAUGGGAAGCACUACAGGAUGUAACGUUAAUUAUAUUAGAAAUAGCAGCCAUAAUAUCAUUAGGCCUUUCAUUUUACCGACCUCCUGGUGGAAAUAAUGAAUUGUGCGAAGAAGCCAGUGGUGCUGUAGAGGAGGAGGAAGGGGAAGCAGGUUGGAUAGAAGGAGCUGCUAUUCUUCUAUCUGUUGUAUGUGUGGUGUUAGUAACCGCUUUCAAUGACUGGAGUAAAGAUAAACAGUUCAGGGGACUGCAGAACCGAAUUGAACAAGAGCAGAAAUUUACAGUUGUCCGUGGAAGCCAAGUUAUCCAAAUUCCAGUGGCUGAUAUAGUUGUUGGAGACAUUGCACAAAUUAAAUAUGGUGAUUUGUUGCCUGCCGAUGGAGUACUUAUUCAGGGAAAUGAUCUUAAAAUUGACGAAAGUUCGUUAACUGGAGAAUCUGAUCAUGUUAAAAAAAUGCCGGAGAAAGACCCCCUAUUGCUUUCUGGUACACAUGUUAUGGAGGGGUCUGGAAAAAUGGUAGUCACUGCUAUCGGAGUGAAUUCACAAACUGGAAUUAUAUUCACUUUACUUGGAGCUGGUGAAAAUGAAGACGAAAAAGAAAAGAAGGAAAAGAAAAGUAAGAAACAAGAUGGAACUGUCGAAAAUCGGAACAAAGCAAAAGCUCAAGACGGUGCAGCCAUGGAAAUGCAGCCCCUUAAGAGUGAAGAUGGUAUAGAUGGUGAAGACAAAAAGAAAUCAAAUUUGCCAAAGAAGGAGAAAUCUGUUCUGCAAGGAAAACUUACUAAACUGGCAGUUCAGAUUGGCAAAGCAGGUUUGGUGAUGUCUGCAAUUACAGUUAUAAUCCUUGUACUAUACUUUGUCAUCAACACCUUCUGGGUUAAUAAACGCCCCUGGUUGACUGAAUGUACACCAAUUUAUGUCCAGUAUUUUGUCAAGUUCUUCAUUAUUGGAGUUACAGUUCUGGUGGUAGCAGUACCAGAAGGUCUUCCACUUGCAGUAACCAUAUCACUGGCAUACUCUGUUAAGAAAAUGAUGAAAGACAACAACUUGGUUAGGCAUCUGGAUGCUUGUGAAACCAUGGGUAAUGCCACUGCAAUCUGUUCAGAUAAAACUGGAACGUUAACCAUGAACAGGAUGACUGUAGUUCAAGCUUUCCUAAAUGACAAACAUUACAGAAAGAUUCCGGAUGCAGAGUCCUUACCUGAAAAUUUGCUGGACCUCCUUGUAACAGGGAUCUCCGUGAACUGUGCUUACACAUCUAAAAUUUUGCCUCCUGAAAAGGAAGGUGGUCUACCACGCCAUGUCGGUAACAAAACUGAAUGUGCCUUGCUGGGAUUUCUUUUGGAUCUAAAACGGGAUUAUCAAGAUGUAAGAAAUGAGAUCCCUGAAGAAACCUUAUUCAAAGUGUACACAUUUAAUUCUGUGAGAAAAUCCAUGAGCACGGUGUUAAAAAACAAUGAUGGCAGUUAUCGAAUGUUCAGUAAGGGUGCUUCUGAGAUUGUCCUUAAGAAGUGCUUCAAAAUUCUCAGUGCAAAUGGAGAAGACAAAAUCUUCAGACCAAGGGAUAGAGAUGAUAUGGCAAAAAGAGUAAUUGAGCCUAUGGCGUCAGAGGGACUGAGGACCAUAUGCUUGGCUUACAGGGAUUUUCCUGCUGGGGAACAUGAGCCUGAUUGGGAGAAUGAAAAUGAUAUUCUUAGUGGGCUUACUUGCAUUGCUGUUGUAGGGAUUGAGGACCCAGUCAGACCAGAGGUACCUGACGCAAUAAGAAAAUGUCAGCGUGCAGGUAUUACAGUACGUAUGGUUACAGGGGACAACAUUAACACAGCCCGUGCUAUUGCCACAAAAUGUGGGAUACUUCACCCUGGGGAAGACUUCCUUUGUGUGGAAGGCAAAGAAUUCAACCGGAGAAUACGAAAUGAAAAAGGAGAAAUAGAACAAGAAAGAAUAGACAAAAUUUGGCCCAGACUUCGCGUACUUGCUAGAUCUUCUCCAACUGACAAACAUACACUAGUAAAAGGUAUCAUUGACAGCACAGUCUGUGAGCAAAGGCAAGUGGUGGCAGUUACCGGAGAUGGCACUAAUGAUGGUCCUGCACUGAAGAAAGCAGAUGUUGGCUUUGCCAUGGGUAUUGCUGGAACAGAUGUUGCAAAAGAAGCGUCUGAUAUAAUUCUCACUGAUGACAACUUUUCGAGCAUUGUAAAAGCAGUGAUGUGGGGAAGGAAUGUAUAUGACAGUAUCUCAAAAUUUCUUCAGUUCCAGCUUACCGUCAAUGUAGUCGCUGUCAUUGUUGCUUUUACAGGCGCAUGUAUCACACAAGACUCUCCUCUUAAAGCUGUUCAGAUGUUAUGGGUUAACCUUAUUAUGGACACUCUUGCAUCACUUGCUCUGGCAACUGAGCCUCCAACAGAGUCUCUCCUAUUGAGAAAACCCUAUGGAAGAAAUAAACCUCUGAUAUCUCGCACAAUGAUGAAAAAUAUUUUAGGUCAUGCCGUUUACCAGCUAGUUGUGGUUUUCACUCUUCUGUUUGCAGGUGAAAAACUUUUUGAUAUUGACAGUGGGCGAAAUGCCCCUCUUCAUGCUCCUCCGUCCCAACAUUACACCAUUGUCUUCAACACAUUUGUUAUGAUGCAGCUUUUUAAUGAAAUUAAUGCAAGAAAGAUUCAUGGUGAAAGGAAUGUUUUUGAAGGAAUAUUUAACAAUAUAAUCUUCUGCAGCAUUGUAUUAGGUACUUUUAUUAUACAGAUCGUUAUUGUUCAGUUUGGUGGAAAGCCUUUUAGCUGUACUGAAUUGACAGUAGAUCAGUGGCUUUGGUCAGUGUUCCUGGGUAUGGGAACAUUACUUUGGGGCCAGCUUGUAACCACAAUACCAACCAGUCGUUUGAAGUUCCUCAAGGAAGCAGGUCACGGGACACAGAAGGAUGACAUCCCAGAAGAAGAACUUGCUGAAGAUGCAGAGGAGAUUGAUCAUGCGGAGAGAGAGUUACGUCGUGGUCAGAUCUUAUGGUUUAGGGGACUAAACAGAAUCCAAACCCAGAUGGGAUGGUCCUUUCUCUUGUUCUCUCUCUCUCUUGCUGAGCAAGCUGUCACAAUCUCUGAUUCCUUGCAGAUGGAUGUAGUGAAUGCUUUCCAGAGUGGAAGUUCCAUUCAGGGGGCUUUAAGGCGGCAACCCUCCAUCGCCAGCCAGCAUCAUGAUAUUCGAGUGGUGAAUGCAUUUCGUAGUUCUCUGUACGAAGGAUUGGAAAAGCCUGAGUCACGAAGCUCCAUCCACAAUUUCAUGACACACCCCGAGUUCAGAAUAGAAGACUCUGAACCUCAUAUUCCGCUCAUUGAUGACACAGAUGCUGAAGAUGAUGCUCCAACUAAACGUCACUCUUCACCACCACCCUCUCCUAAUAAAAAUAACAAUGCUGUUGACAGUGGAAUACAUCUUACAAUAGAACCGAACAAGUCAGCUACCUCUUCAUCCCCAGGCAGUCCACUACAUAGUCUGGAGACUUCACUCUGAUUGUAAGAUGAAUGUUAACAUUCUAGCUGAUUUGCAAAGAACACUGGGUCCUUCUCGCAUAUUGUGGCAGGCAGGAAAAAAUGCCUGCUUAUUGGACUUCAAAAUGAAGACACACUUGUAUGAAUGUAGAUUUAUUUUUUUAAAAAAUGCUUUCUGCCAGACUGAGGGUGCUUUUUUCGGGAAGGAAAAGGGAUGGGAUUAUUGGGAUGAACUCUGACAGAUAAAUGGAAAUCCAGAAAAAGUGACCUGCAGAACAUCAGUUACACUAAAUGACGAUUGGCCUGGACAGUGUGUUAGCAAUGCUCUAGAUUCAUUAUUAUUUUUGGGGGCCCUGGGUUGUUCAUUUGAUUAUUUCUGUUAUAAAUGAUGCAGAUCUGUUUACAAGGUUUAUAGAUAUUUUGUUCCUGUUCAUAGAAGGGAAGUUUCCUUAUAUAUAAUGAAAGAGAAAAACGUCCUUUUAAACACUGCUGUAUUUUCAGAAAAAAGGUGUUUCUAUUGAAACUGUUCUAAAUUUUGCCUGCAAUUUACUUGUGAAAUAUUGUAGAUAAAUUAACUAAUAGCCAAAUAGAUAAAAAACAACACUAAUGCUUCAGAUUUGAGCGGCAGUGUUAUAAAAUGAUGGCCUCUGUUCUUAGUUUCAUACAAAAAUUACAUUCAUUUACUAAUCCAAUGGUUUUCAAAUUAUAAUUUAUUUUUUUGUUGAAAAAUGAACAUUUGUUCCAAAAGCUCAAUGGAAUUUUGUGAAAUGCAGGACAUUGAUGUGUGACGGAUAAUGGUUGAAGUCCUUUGCUAUCUCCGUCAAAAUAUAUAAAAUCAAAAUACAUCACAAAUUAGUCUUCUUAAUUUUUUUUUAUUUUUUGUUUGUCUAAACAUGUUAGCUUUAGAACUGUCUUGGUGAACUGUGAGUGGAACCGUGUUGAUUUUCUAAUAAACCUUUAGAUGACCUUCAUACAGCAUGAGGGGCUGUUGGCAUUUAAAAAAAGAAAAAAAAAGAAAGAAAAGAAAAAAUAUACUACUAGAAAGUAGUAGCGUCAUACCUUUUUCCUUUUUGUUUUUGAAAGUUGUUUGUAAACACAAUAAACAUGCCCUUUUAUUAAAUACAAA